AUUCGUUUAAUGAGGAACCCAACCCGACUUGGCCUUAUACGGUCAAGAAUGGUCGGCGCCAGAGCGGCUUCGGCUGAAAUUCUCGUUUUUCUGGACAGCCAUGUGGAGACGACAUCUCACUGGUUGGAGCCACUAUUGGCACGAUUGUUAAAUGCCAAGAAUCACACUGGGAAUGACUGCAGGGAAAGCCAGCCGAUGGAACCACAAAUUAACUGUCUUCAGUCUGUCGCUGAGCGACUGAUUGUCAGUCCAAUAAUCUACGAUAUCUCUAAUCCCAAUGAGUUGGAUGACAGCCCUGUUUUGGGCGGGUUCACGUGGAAUCUGACAUUUCGUUGGGAAUAUAUGAAGGCAGCAAAUCGAUUGGACCAAACCAUGCAACCAUGGGCAUCGCCAGCCAUUUCAGGUGGAAUUUAUGCUGCAUGGCGCGAAGGAUUCUUUGACCUCGGUGGCUACGAUGAGGAAAUGAAUAUAUGGGGCGCUGAAAAUGUGGAACUAUCUCUGAGAACAUGGUUGUGCUCGGGUCGAAUGGAGAUUAUUCCGUGUAGUCGUGUUGGCCAUUAUUAUCGGUCCGUGCAUCCCUACAAUUUUCCACAAGGCAAAGAGCAUACAGUAUUACGCAAUCGCAAGCGAACGGCUCUGGUGUGGUUUAUUCACGGAGAAAGCCAAGAUCGGGGACAGCUUUAUUUACAAAACUUUUAUAAAAACAGUCCAACUGCAAUUAACAUAAAUGCAGGAAGUUUAUCAGAAAGGAGGAAAAUCGCACAAGAUUUAAAUUGCAAAUCUUUUACUUGGUAUUUAGACAACAUUUAUCCAUCCUUAAGGGAUGAAACGGACAUCUUUUACCCUUGGAUGUCUAUGACGCUACCUGACUGGGAAGACCUGACAGAGGGGUCAGAUGAUCGUCAGGUACUGGAUUGUCAUUCAAUGAGUCGUGUACACCAAUCACAUCGCUCCAGCGUGAGCACGUUGGACUGUUCAGAUAUCAAAAUUCAGAUGCGUCCAAGGUACGUUGGUGAGGUUGUGGUAACACGCUCGCCUCGCAUGUCAGAUGUCCGGAGUUCAAACCCCGGUAUGGCUACUGGAUAUGCCCUGCUGAUUCGCCAUAAUAAAAGCAAAACUCGAGUCCAUUGCUCCCAUUUGGGUGGACUCAUCAGAAUAAAUUAUAACAAUGAAUCAGUGAACCAGCUGGUGAGACACCUGUUCAGUAAACAGAACACCACAUUUUGUUCUCGUUCACAUUAG